AUGUCCAUCCUGCAUGAUUCCUCCCUUGUUCGACCCCAGUGUCAUGUAAAGGGCAAACCGCGCUCUCUGGAGACGCCAAAUAAACCCCGUCGCUCCGUCCUCAAGUCCGUUUCUCUCCCGUCGCUGUCGGCCGUCGUCAAAAACUCAGUGACAUGGGCGGGGGACACGUGGGGUUCCUAUGGGAAUGGCCAGUCCCAGAAAGAACGCAGACUGCGCGCUGCUGUGGAUGAGCGAAAGGAGGCUUUGUACCUCAAGAAGCGCAAUGCUGUGACCUACGAAGAAUGGCGAGACGCUGCGAGCGAACUGGAUGAGUUGGAGAAUAACUCUGCUUGGAAGGAAACGUUCGAGUGCCCCGACUAUGACCCUCAUCUCGUGCUCGAUCGUCUCAAGCAGCUGAACGAUGCCCGGAUCAACUGUGAUAUCAGUCGCAUGUUGUUCCUCAUCCGCACGUCCCUGAGCCGCGAUCUGGGCAACAUGAGCAACGCCUCUCUCUACAAGCAUGCUCAUCUCGGAACUAAGAACCUGAUCGAUCAAUACAUUGAUACCGCUCUGGAAACAAUAUUGUCAUUGGUUGAGCUGGCGGAUAAAAACCGGUGCGAUGUGGUGGAAUCCAGGUAUAUUCUGGACCAGUUGCUCGCAGCGAGACAGGCUUUCGGGCGAAGUGCGCUGCUCUUCUCCGGGGGAGCCACUUUUGGCAUGAAUCAUAUUGGCGUACUAAAGGCUCUUUGGCAAGCUAACCUUCUGCCGCGAAUUAUCUCGGGCGCGUCUGCGGGCAGCAUUGUGUGUGCCGUCUUCUGUACUCGCACUGAGGAUGAGCUGCCGGCUUUGCUGGACUCUUUUACAGAAGGGGACUUUGCUGUUUUCGGCGAGGGGACUGAGGAAGAUACUAUCCUCCGGAAGACAGCCCGGUUCUUAAAAUAUGGGUCAUUUCUGGACAUCUCGCACCUAGCCAAGGUGGUGAGAAAUUGGUUGGGCGACAUCACCUUCCAGGAGGCAUAUAACCGAACACGACGCAUCCUCAACAUUUGCGUUUCCAGUGCUGGAAUCUACGAGCUACCCAAGUUGUUGAACUAUAUAACUGCGCCCAAUGUAUUGAUCUGGUCUGCUGUGGCCGUCUCAUGUUCAGUCCCGGUAGUCUUUUCGCCGUAUGCCCUUAUGGCUAAGGAUCCCCUGACAGGGGAACCAGUUCCAUGGAGCGACCUUCAUAGGCAAUAUAUUGAUGGCUCCGUGGACGGUGACCUCCCUAUGACUCGUCUGUCGGAAAUGUUCAACGUCAACCACUUCAUUGUGUCGCAGGUCAAUCCCCAUGUCGUUCCAUUUCUACCCAAGGAUGAUGGGCCAGAUCCGUAUAUGGAGAACUCUUUCACCGCUUCUCGUUGGAUCCGGAAUAUCACAUAUCUUGCCAAGGAUGAGAUUCUACAUCGGAUGACAGUCAUGUCCGAGCUAGGGAUCUUUCCCACAUCUUUGACCAAAACAGUUUCGAUUGUCAACCAAAAGUAUUCUGGAGACAUCAAUAUAUAUCCGGAAAUUCAGUAUUCUCGGAUUCCCGUCAUGCUACGCAACCCGACGACGGAGUUUAUGCUUCAAGCAUGCCUAAGCGGCGAGCGGGCCACAUGGCCCAAGCUUGGACGAAUACGCAACCACUGCGCCAUCGAAUUGGCGCUAGACUUGGCCAUUCAGAAAAUGCGGGCUCGAGUGGCCUUCUCCCCGAGUCGCGUCCACGCAAGAACAGAUAGCAUUGCUGGCCAUCCGAUCGAAUCCCUCGAUAGCAGUGGAGGCCGAGGACGUUUGUUGAACCGGAGGAGCUCCUAUAACCAUGAAAUCGAAAAGAUCAAACAUGCCCGCCACGAUCCAGGCCGGCGGACAAGACCAUUCCUACAAAGGUCCCGCAGCGUGUUGCUAUCCGAACAAACGCACCGAAUCGACUCUGUGGCCUCGGCCAGACUGGAUCAAGCAGUGCAACGGCGCCGUCAAAGCAAUCCGAGCCAAACUUUCAACACCGGGGACGGAUUUUAUAGUCCUUGUUCUGAGAGCGACGAACAUAGUGAGGAAUCCUCCCCUCCGACCCGCGUCCCGCUAGAAAGGCAUGUUUCAUGGGAGCCGUCAUCAUCCGACGACCCGCCUUCCGAUGAGGCCACCCCUAACGGCAGCGCACAGUCACCACAUCCAUCCUCUCCCAUUCAUAUAGGACGGGUGACUUCGCAGCGAGCUCCUGUAUGGCCUCCAGACCUAUCUGCGCACGCGAUGCCAACUGCACCUGAGCCAUCGUUGCCACCUUCCCCUCACCACCUCCGGAUGACGCCCAAAGCCUAUGUCUCCAAUCCCACUUCUCGUAACUUCUACAACUGA